CUAACGGACGACACGUGCCUGUCCCGUGAUGCCCGUUCCCGAGAUAUAUAGGACGCUCCUGAUUCCUCCUCUCUCUCCACUUCUUCUCUCUCUGAACCCUAACGCCUCGACCCGAGCAAUCCCUAGGUCUCCGCGCGAGGUUCCCCGUGCAGGUGGUGGCGGCGGGCGGCGAGGGGAUUUCGAUUUGAUUUGACCCGGGAUGGCGGAGGAUAAGGUGGGACGGAUCUUCGUGGGCGGGCUGUCGUGGGACACCACGGAGAGCACGCUCACGCGCACCUUCAGCCAGUACGGCAAGGUCAUCGACUCGCAGGUUGUAGUGGAAAGGGACACAGGCCGCUCCAGGGGAUUUGGAUUUGUCACAUUUUCAGAACCUCGGGCUGUGGAUGCUGCCAUUCGGGGAAUGCAUAAUGGAGAACUGGAUGGUCGAAAUAUCUCUGUGAACAAAGCUCAGCCUAGGAACUCGGAUGAUGGCUAUGGCUAUGGUGGUGGUGGUGGUGGUGGUGGUGGUGGUGGUGGUUACUCAUCUGGUGCUAGAGGUGGAUAUCGCAGUGGAGGUGAUGUAGUUCCAGCUGCGAGUGAUGAUUGCUUCAAAUGUGGCCGCCCUGGACAUUGGGCUCGUGAAUGCCCUUAUUCAGAUGGAGGUGGUAGAACUGGAAGGUACUCUCCAGCUUCAAGGUAUGGUGGUGGCACUGGGGGACGUGGUGACCGCUUUGGUGGAACAGAUCGUUUUGCUCACUAUGAUGAUGAUCGAUAUGAUGGUGGGCGCUACAUGGACAGCAGGGAUACAUAUUAUGGUGCUGGGCGUGAUCGCUAUGCUAGUGAUCGCUAUGCACCAGCAGCAGAUCGUUAUUCUGGUGACAAGUAUAGUGGUGCAGAUCGUUAUGCAUCAAGUGGCUUUGCUAGGGAAAGGAGCUACGAAAGAGAUGGAGGGCGGUCCAGCGGAGGUUACUACCGUGAUGAACCUAGGGGCACUGGUGGGUAUGGCAGAGGUGGUUCACGCGUAGGGGGUGGUGCUGGUGGGCCUGCUCGCUUUGGUGGGGGUUACCGUGAUAGACCCGCGCCAUAUGACCGUCCUAGCAGGGGAGCUGGAGCUCGUGCUUAUGAUGAUCGCUACUGAAGGUUACCUUGCAGCAGAACAGAGGCAUCUAGUGUGUUUCCGUUAUGAGUCAGUAUUUAUAUUUCGCUAUAUUGAUGCUUCAACCCUGUGUUAUUUGGCAGUGCAGUUUGUUUUAUUAGUCUGAAGACAAUCAUUUCAGUACUUGAAUUAUUAGUUUGUUGGUACAAUAAUCUGUAGGCAGUGUGAUCCUGGUUCCUUCGUCAUGUUUUGUAAUUACUUUGCAGUACUGAAUAUUUGUGUAGUUCUGUUGAACUCAUUUGCAGUAUGUGAUCUUUGAAUGUCUUCAGUCCUGCUUAUUGUC